AUGGUGACCCUCCCAGGAAGGAAGCGGGGAGCACUUUCCUGUUUCACCAAGAGCAUUACCCCGCCAAGCUCUAUUUCUGCCCGUCCAAGGCAGACUUGGCGGCACCUGACGGAGACCCUUCAAAUCGGGGACGUGAAGCGGAACAGACCUGUUACCGGGCCUGGCCGUGCCGUGCCGACACGGCCGCCCGCUGAGGCCUGCCCUCCCUCUGUCCUGCAGGCUCAGGUGGAGGCCGAGCGAGAGCAUGAAGGUGCCGUGCAGCUGCUAGAGUGCAAGGUCCGGGAGCUGGAGGAGAGAUGCCGGUUGCAGAGUGAGCAGUGUAGCCUGCUGUCCCGGGACCUGGAGCAGUUCCGGCAGCACGCCGGGAAGAUCGACCUCCUGGCUGGCAGCCUGGCGGCCACCCUGGAAGUCCCCCCCCACAAGCCUUUUCCACAGUUCAUGAACGGACUGGCCAUUGUCAAAGGUCAGGACAGGGCCAUCAGGAGUUGCCCUGUGGUCCGUGAGUGCACCCGGCUCCCGCUGCCCACUGACAAGCCGGCACCGUGCUCGCCGAGGCCCCCUUUCCUGUCGCGGUCCAGAAGCCCAAGAUGCAGAUUUGAGUCCGACAUGGAGAAUGAGCGGAACUCGAACCCCUGCAAGCAGAGCUACUCGGGGAAGGUCCGCCUGUGUGUGGCCCGCUACAGCUAUAACCCCUUCGAUGGGCCGAACGAGAACCCGGAGGCCGAGCUGCCCCUCACGGCGGGGAAAUACCUCUACGUCUACGGGGACAUGGAUGAGGACGGCUUCUACGAAGGAGAGCUCCUAGACGGACAGCGGGGCUUGGUGCCCUCCAACUUCGUGGAUUUUGUACAGGACAGUGAGUCGCGGCUGGCCAGCACGUUGGGGGAUGAGCAGGAUCAGAACUUCAUUAACCAUUCCGGCAUCGGCUUAGAGGGGGAGAGCAUUCUCGACCUCCACUCCCCCACUCACGUGGACUCGGGCAUUACCGACAACGGGGCGGGGACGCUGGACAUGAACAUUGACGACAUUGGAGAAGACAUCGUGCCUUACCCUAGAAAAAUCACCCUUAUCAAACAACUUGCCAAAAGUGUCAUUGUGGGCUGGGAACCCCCGGCAGUGCCACCGGGGUGGGGGACCGUGAGCAGCUACAACGUCCUGGUGGACAAGGAGACGCGCAUGAGCCUCACUCUGGGCAGUAGGACCAAGGCGCUGAUCGAGAAGCUCAACAUGGCGGCCUGCACCUACCGCAUCUCCGUGCAGUGCAUGACCAGCAGGGGGAGCUCAGAUGAGCUGCAGUGCACGCUGCUGGUGGGCAAGGACGUGGUGGUGGCCCCCUCGCACCUGCGGGUGGACAACAUCACGCAGAUCUCCGCCCAGCUCUCCUGGCUGCCCACCAACAGCAACUACAGCCACGUCAUCUUCCUCAAUGAGGAGGAGUUCGACAUCGUCAAGGCUGCGAGGUACAAGUACCAGUUCUUCAACCUCAGGCCCAACAUGGCGUACAAGGUGAAGGUUCUGGCCAAGCCCCACCAGAUGCCAUGGCAGCUCCCUCUGGAGCAAAGGGAGAAGAAGGAAGCCUUUGUGGAGUUCUCGACACUGCCUGCAGGCCCUCCAGCCCCACCACAAGACGUCCUUGUCCAAGCCGGGGCAGCCCCGGCCACUGUCCAGGUCUCCUGGAAACCCCCCACGCUGACUCCCACCGGGCUGUCCAAUGGAGCCAACGUCACCGGCUACGGCGUGUACGCCCAGGGGCAGAGAGUGGCCGAAGUCAUCUUCCCCACGGCGGACAGCACAGCUGUGGAGCUUGUGCGGCUGCGGAGCCUGGAGGCCAAAGUGGUGACCGUGCGGACCUUCUCCCUGCAGGGCGAGUCUGUGGACUCUCCCGCGGCUGCUGUCCCCCUCGACCUCCUGGUGCCUCCGACCCCCCACCUGAGAACUCCCAUACCCAAGCCAUUAGCAAGUGCCGGCGCCCCCGAUACCAAAGAUGAACACUUGGGUCCCCAUAGCAGGCCGGAUGAACCCUGGGAGCAGGGCCGGGCACCUGUCCCAGUCCCCGCACACGGACACACGCUGCAGCCACCCAGCCUGCAGGAUGGGCCAGGGAGAAGGUCGCCCUCACCCAGCCGCAUCCUGCCACAGCCGCAGGGGGCCCCGGUCUCCACCUCCGUCGCGAAGGCCAUGGCCCGGGAGGCUGCACAGAGGGUGGCCGAGAGCAGCAGGUUAGAGAAAAGGAGUCUCUUCCUUGAGCGGGGCAGCAUGGGGCAGUAUGCCAACUCGGACGAGGAGGAUGGCUACGGCUCCCCGGAUGUCCACAGGAGAGGGACCUCGGUGGACGAAUUCCUGCGAGGGUCGGAGCUGGGCAAGCCGCCCCACUGUUGCCACGGAGACGAGUACCACACAGAGAGCAGCCGGGGCUCCGACCUUUCCGACAUCAUGGAGGAGGACGAGGAGGAGCUCUACUCCGAGAUGCAGCUGGAGGACGGCGGGCGGAGGCGGCCCAGCGGCACGUCCCACAGCGCCCUGAAGAUUUUAGGGAACCCGGCAUCCGCAGGGCGGGCCGACAGGGUGGAUCACGCAGGCCGGAGGCUUGCCCACGGCGGUGCUGGCCCUCAGAGGGCAUGGCUGGCGGUGGUCCCGUCUCCCGAUGAGCACGCCGGGCGGGCCCGCCUCUCUCCAGACUUCUACGAGGAGUCCGAGACGGACCCCGGUGCUGAGGAGCUCCCGCCCCGCAUCUUCGUGGCUCUCUUUGACUACGACCCGCUCACGAUGUCCCCGAACCCAGAUGCUGCAGAGGAGGAGCUUCCCUUCAAAGAGGGGCAGAUCAUCAAGGUCUACGGAGACAAAGAUGCCGACGGCUUCUACCGCGGGGAGACGUGUGCCCGGCUCGGCCUCAUCCCUUGCAACAUGGUGUCGGAGAUCCAGGCCGAUGAUGAGGAGAUGAUGGCCCAGCUCCUCAGACAGGGCUUCCUGCCCCUGAGCACGCCCGUGGAGAGGCUAGACAGAGGCAGGAGGGGCGGCCGGCGCCAUUCCAUGCCGACGCGGAGGAUGGUGGCUCUGUACGACUACGACCCGAGGGAGAGCUCGCCCAACGUCGAUGUCGAGGCCGAACUCACGUUCUGCACGGGGGAUAUUAUUACUGUUUUUGGUGAAAUUGACGAAGAUGGAUUUUAUUACGGGGAGCUAAAUGGGCAGAAAGGCUUCGUGCCGUCGAACUUUUUGGAAGAAGUGCCUGAUGACGUCGAAGUCUACCUUUCCGAUGCAUCAUCUCACUACCCUCGAGACACACCCAUGCGCUCCAAGGCAAAGAGGGUUCCUCCUGAGGGUUCAGGGACAGCAAGGAGAGCUCCAUCCCCCACAGCCCUUCUCCAUUCGGGGUCACCUCCGUCAUCUCUGGGGUCUGGGAGUCCUGGGAGAGGCAGGGAAAUGUCCUCGAGAAAGAAACAAGGGCUGCUUUCCAAAGGCAAGGAGCUGCUGCAAAGGCUGGGGACAGUGAAGUGACACGCGCUCGCGGAGCCUCCAAGCCCGUGUCGUUUUCUGCAAUCCCAGACGAGGGCUUUCCUGACUCGAGUCCGUCCUCACACCCACCUCCCCUGACACCAGCAGAGGGGUGCCCUUUGCACUCCCAUCCACUUAGCCCCCGCGGCAGGAGGCGCUGUCGCCCCUCUGGGUCACCGUUGCCGGUCUGCUCAUGCCAAGGAGGCGGGGUGUCUCACUAGCAGGCAGGCGGACGGCGAUUGUCCUCCCUCCCCACGCCACCGCCCCUCUCUGUGCACCCGUCACCUGCCCGAGGAAUGGCCCCCGCUCCCUCCCCAAACGCCACUCUCACUCUCACUCCGGUCUUGAAACUCCUAGUUCGGUCGCCUCGAUGUUCUGCCUUAUGAUGCACAAUGAUUUGUACUGUCGAAUAAAACUGUGACCUCGUAUGUGUGUGCGUUCCGUGGUCUCCAUCCUCUGACACAGUGCUUGAGACUAGCUGGCCGGGCCGGGCGUCGUAGGACACUUGCCACAGGGACGGCUUCCUUAGCCGUUCGGGAGCGAGCAGGGGCGCGGGCACGGGUGCAGGGUCAGCGCCCCCUCCCGGCCACAGGCUGGUGUACCCCCUGCUGUCCUGUGACACUGUGGCAUGUGGGCUCCUGUCACUUCACUCUGUCAAAAUGCCAUACCCCAAGCCUGCACAGCGAGCAGCACAUGAACAUCACACACGAGGCCAGGUCAGCCCGACGCCCGAGCCUAGGCCGCCCGAUGGCUGGCGCCUCAGCCCUGCAGGCCAGCAGGUGCGUGGCCCCACCCCUAGCGGUCCGUGCCCUUUCUACUCUGUACGCCCCUCCCAGACAGCCUGGGUUUUGUCACUCCUGGAAGGUGUGCACGCGGGUGCAAGCUUCCCUGUCUUCACGCGGGCCUUGUAACUGUGACGCGGUGUAUGUGACAGUGACAUGGAAAGGAGUUACCGUGUGGGCGAGCGCGGUGCGGGCGUGCAUGUGAACCG